UGAGCCUCAAGUCUCAACACAAGUGCAAGUGUCUAACCCACUCAGCAUCGCCGUUACCAAUCGUCAUCAGGAUGAAUAAGCGGAAGCGAGAAGGGUUGGCUUCAAAUUCUGAUAACAUGAGCGAUGCAGAGCGCAUAGUGUAUAACGUAAUUCACAGCAAACAAAACAUGGGGAUUUGGAUGGCAGACAUAAAGCGAGAAACAUCUCUCCCUGAAAGCAUGAUCAAGAAAUCCAUUAAGAUGCUUCAAACCAAGGGUGAAAUCAAGGAGGUUGUUAACAUUAAAAACAAGAGCAGGAAGCACUAUAUGGCGGCCGGUUUCGAACCGGCCGACGAAAUCACGGGUGGGAGUUGGUAUUCAGAAGGAAAACUUGAUCAAGAGUACAUAUUUCGCUUAAGGCAAGUAUGCCUGAAUUACAUCUCCAGGAAUGUCAUCGCGAAUCGCGAUGGCAUUUUGGAGUUCAUCAACCGAGGAGGCUAUUUCUCUGGAACCACAACACAAGAGGUAGAUCAGAUUCUUGGAAAUUUAGUUUUGGAUGAUAAGAUUAUAGAGGUGAAGAGCACUGGUUAUGGGGAUUAUGAGAAAUUCCCUGUUGGUAGAGUUUGUUAUAGGUGCAAAAGCAAAGGAGGUGUUAAUAAUGGUGAAGGAAAAAUUGGUGCCAUGGCUUCAAUUCCAUGUGGAGUUUGUCCAAGAAUUAACUUGUGUUCACCAGAUGGCUAUAUUUCUCCCAAAACUUGUGAGUUUUAUCAGAAAUGGUUGGACUUCUAG